CGGCCGGCUGGAGCGGGCGCCGGGCGGACCCCCGGAACCCCUGAGGCCGCCUGGGGGCUCCCGGGCCCUUCCCGCGGCCCCGCGGGGAGCGGCGCGGCCGUGCGGGGGCCGCGGGGCGGUGACUGGCCGCGGCGGGGCCGGCCGGGGGGCGGGAGCGGGCGCGGGAGCGGUCUCCCUCCGGGACUAGGCCGCGGCGGCUCCGGCCCCGAUCCGACCCGGCGACGGGGCCGCACUUGAGGCUGUGGCCGGCGGCAGCGAGCCCGGGCCCGGGCAAGGCGCCGCGCGGAGCUCCCGGACAGCUGACGCGGGCGGCCGGAGGCUUUGCGCCGCCUCCCGGGGCCGGGGUGGGUGGAAACCGGCCGCCCCCCGACCCGAGCCCCGUCCGCGGUCGGCUUGCAGAGCGGGAGCGGUCUGCGCCACAGCCCUCGGGGUCCCGGCUGGCGCGCAGGAGCCUCUCGCUCCACUUUGCUCCGGGCGCAGCGGCGAGCGGGAUGCACAGCCGCCGGGCUUCGCGGGAGGCUCCGGGACUCUCCGCCCCGCCGCCCGGGAGCUGCCCGCGGGAGAGUAGACCGGGACCCCCGACGCUUCCCCCGGGGGCUCCCGGCUGCUCCCCUUUGCAGCGGGUUGAGGAGCGAGGCAGGGCGAGCAGAGCUGCCCCGGCUUCUUUUGGAAGUUCGAGCCCAGUCGGGUCUCUGUCAUCUGAGGAUCAUGACUUUGACCCCACGGCUGAGAUGUUGGUCCAUGACUAUGACGAUGAACGAACUCUUGAGGAAGAGGAAAUGAUGGAUGAGGGCAAAAACUUCAGCUCUGAAAUUGAAGAUUUAGAAAAGGAAGGAAACAUGCCUCUGGAAGACUUACUGGCAUUCUAUGGCUACGAACCUGCAGUUCCAGCAGUCGCAGACUCUAGUGCAGAUAGCUCUCCAAGCGGACUUGCUACUGAGCUGCCAGAUAUGACACUAGACAAGGAGGAAAUAGCAAAAGACCUGCUGCCAGGCGAUGAUGAGGAGACUCAGUCCUCGGCGGAUGACCUCACACCGUCUGUGACAUCUCAUGAAACUUCAGAUUUCUUCCCCAGGCCCUUGCGAUCAAAUACUGCAUGUGAUGGAGAUAAGGAAUCAGAGGUUGAAGAUGUUGAACCAGACAGUGGUAACUCACCUGAAGAUCUAAGGAAGGAAAUAAUGAUUGGUUUACAGUACCAGGCGGAGAUUCCCCCGUAUCUUGGAGAAUAUGAUGGUAAUGAAAAAGUGUAUGAAAAUGAAGACCAGUUACUUUGGCGUCCUGGUGUGGUUUUGGAGAGCAAAGUCAAGGAGUAUCUUGUUGAGACGUCAUUGAGAACUGGAAAUGAAAAAGCGAUGGACAGAAUGUCGGCAGGAAUACACCCAAGGGAUAAUGAGCAGGCACUAUAUGAACUUCUUAAGUGUAAUCAUAAUAUAAAGGAAGCGAUUGACAGGUACUGCUGCAAUGGAAAGGUGUCUCAAGAAGGAAUGACUGCAUGGACAGAAGAAGAAUGCCGGAGCUUUGAACAUGCACUUAUGCUUUUUGGAAAAGACUUCCAUCUUAUACAGAAAAAUAAGGUGAGAACUAGAACAGUUGCUGAAUGUGUAGCAUUCUACUAUAUGUGGAAGAAAUCUGAACGUUACGAUUACUUUGCUCAACAGACAAGAUUUGGAAAGAAACGAUAUAACCAUCACCCUGGAGUUACGGAUUAUAUGGAUCGAUUGGUAGAUGAGACAGAAGCUCUGGGUGGGACAGUCAAUUCUUCAGCCUUAACUUCCAACCGACCGGAGCCUAUUCCUGACCAACAGUUGAAUAUCCUCAACUCUUUCACUGCCAGCGAUCUGACAGCUUUGACCAACAGUGUAGCAACUGCUUGCAACCCCACAGAUGUGAAUUGUUUGGAUGAUAGCUUUUCUCCACUGGGCAACACACCCCGUGGACAAGUCAAUCAUGUGCCUGUUGUAACAGAGGAGUUACUCACCCUGCCCAGCAAUGGGGAAAGUGAUUGUUUUAAUUUAUUUGAAACCGGAUUUUAUCACUCAGAACUAAACCCUAUGAACAUGUGCAGCGAGGAGUCCGAAAGACCAGCAAAAAGAUUGAAAAUGGGCAUUUCUGUUCCCGAAUCUUUCAUGAAUGAGGUGUCUGUAAAUAAUUUGGGUGUGGACUUUGAAAAUCACACACAUCACAUCACCAGUGCCAAAAUGGCUGUCUCGGUGGCUGACUUUGGCAGCCUGUCUGCCAGCGAGACCAAUGGCUUCAUCAGUGCCCACGCUCUGCAUCAGCAUCAGCACGCGGCCCUCCAUUCCGAGUGACGCGGAGGAGGGUCACAGACGGUGGUGUGCAGUACCAGUAAACUUGAGGAAAGUGUCAGGUUUGCUUAGUCUUUCACUGGAAGUUUGAACCUUUUUCACUAUGACAUCAGUGAUGUCAGUAUGUAUAGAACUAUAUCUUGAUUUAUCAAGAGUAUUUUCAUUUUUCAAUCCAUAAAUGUGGAAAUGAACUAUGAUCAGCAGAGUUGGGAACUAAGAUUGAACUCUGAUGCAGCUUUAAGCUCUGCUUAUCUCUCCCUCAUCCCCCUGGUACCUUUACCCCUUCCCCCUCUUCUGUUCCCCACUGACCCUCAUUCCCAAUUUUAAUACCUGUAGACUGAGGCCACCAUCUCAAAACCAGCACAGAUGUUCUGAACUGAAUGGAGUGGCUUCUUUUCAUGUAAAUUCCUUUUGCCGUAACGGAUGCAGUGGAAUAACAAUGUUUACAGGUACUGAUCCUGAUCCCUGCUCAGUGUAGCAUUUUUUUUUGGUUUUAUUUUCUUAAGUAAAAGCAGGGGUAGAUUUCUUUAAACUGCACAAACAUACAAAGAUUUUUUUUUUUAAUGGAAACUUCUCUCAUGCUAUUCAACUAGAGCACUUCAGUUUACAAAACAGCAAGUCCAUCUUUACAGAAGCCUGCACGAGGAACUGCGUGUAGUUGUGAAGACGCUUGCUUGGAUCCCGUGUUAAAAUUCUAGACCAGGGCUUACCUUGCACAGAACUGGUCAUUUAAGGUGGGAGGAGUUCUGUGUAGCUUCAUUCAUUGGCUCAAAAUUUGGUGUUUGCAGAUGUGGUAUUCAGAUGGGGUUUUGUCCACCACUGUCAAGAUUACAAUAGUGAAAAUCAUACUUAUCAUUGAUAAUUUAGUUUAUCCCGAGACUGUUGCCACUCAAAGGUUUACAUUCUGGGACACCUCUUAAGUUGUAGCACUGCAGUUCAAAGUGUUAAUCUUUCAGAAGGGCCUUCUAGUUUUUACACAUAGUACAGUAGAACCUUGAAGUAUAUUUAAGCUUUUUUAUUUAGUUUGAACAGUUGGCAAGAAGACUGUGAGUUCCUGUCUGGCAUAGAAGGGCAUGUUACCACUUUUUAAGUUCUAAAAAAAGUGAUGGACAUUCAGAUGCAGCUCAGUCUUAGUUUUAUUAUUAUUUAGAACAUUGUGAAUGAGAAGUCAUUGUCAUGAGGUUUGGCCAUUUUUUGUUUUUCUCUAUAAACAUGCAUCUUUAAGUUAUAAGGACAUUCAAACAAUAGGUAAUAACAGUAUUAGGACAUAAUAAGCUUUGCUUUUGUAGUUGUUAUAACACAAAAUUUUACUUUUUUUUUUUUGCACUGUCUUAAUUAGAAUUUUCAAAUUUCUAGUUGUUGUCUUGCUUUGCAAAAAAAAAAAAACCAAACCAUAAAUGUUUGGCUGCUUUGCUGGUGUAAUUUAUGAGUGUAAGUCGCUUCAAGGUUGUGCUGAUGGGUAGGUAGGAUGUAGUGACCUUAGUUGUGAUGAAAAGGGAGGGUAUUUAUUAUACAAACUGUGAACUGCAAUGACAUCCUUGGUUUGGGAUGAUGUGUCUUGGUUUUCUUUGCAGCAUAUUAAUGAAGAUUGCUUUGAAGUGUUUACGCUAUAGCAUAUUUUACUCUAAAAUUUAGUUUAGCACCGUGGACAAAAGUAGUUAAUAAUAAAAAACCAGUCUUUAAUUUAUACAUCUAAGUUCUAGCAUUCCUACAUGCACACAGUAAAUAAUGGGUAGCUUGGGCUCUGUUGAUGUCCAAUAUUUAUAUCCAAGUUGUCAGCUUCUUUUUGCUGUGGUGUUGUGCUAAACUUUGAAUCUUAUUAUUAUUAUUAUAUAUUUCUUUUGUUAAGAAUCAGUAUAUCUUCUAUAACUUAGAAAGAUACUGACCAUAAUCUUCCAUUGUUCAAACUUUUACUUUUUACUCUGGGUUUACAGUGGCUGGUCUGUAUAGAAUAAUUUACAUAAAGAUGACUGAAUGCUUAUACCAGUUGCACUUAAAUGAACAGGCCCAUUCUCAGUAGCUGAUGCAGUAAUAUGUUCAGUUUAUCUAUGCAUUGCUAGGAUCUCCAUAGAAGAUGGAGACAGUGUUUCUUAUCUCAAGUUUUGUUUAUCAGCAAGUUGAAUGGACACUUUAGUUAUUUAAAUAAAGAUUUUUUUUUGACCAAAAUCCAGAAAAUAUGAGAGAAAAAUAAAUUCCAGCUAGCUUAAUAGAUUUUUAAAUGCCAAUCUGAUUCUAGCCUCUUAAAGAGUGCUAACUGGCUGGUGACGUUUACUUUUAAUUCCUUGUUAAAAUGAGGCAAUAAUUUGCAAGAUUUUUGUAUAUAUGUGUAAAUUCUUCAUACCUUUUUAGAUCUAAUUCAAUAUUUUCUGACUGCUUUUGCCAUGUAUAAUACCAUUUUUGUGCAUGCUUGAUGUGACAUUCAUAAAUUGUACCACUAUGACUUUAUCCAUGUAAAAUAGCUAUUUAUUGAAUUUCCUUUUAAAGCUGCAUUUAUUUUUUUUUCCGUUUAAGCACAUUAACAGAAUUUGUUACUGUUUAUUAGAAGAAUUGCGUUUGAGAGCAUGAAUAUUUGCAAUCAUAUGAAGAACAAUAAUGCCUUUAUUAUUAUUAUUAAGUAUUAAGCACAAUUCUUGUAAAAAACUGUGAUAAAUUCUUUUUUUUUUCUUUGCUGUGUUAUUUUUGUAUGAACAAACCAAAAAAUCCAUGGUGAGCAGUUGCAUUGUUGACCGAUGUAUCUUAUGUACAAGGAAUUUGAAAAGGACAGCAGAUUCAUUUAGAAGUGUAAACUGGUGCUGUGAUUAUAGCAAUACUUUUGUUAGUUGUACUUCAUCUUUUUCAUGCUAGCUUUUUUUAAAUGUUUGAUUUUUUUUCCUCUUGUCAUAGUCAACUGCUGAAUUUACUUGAAGGAUGUAGGAUACUGUUUAAGAAAAUACGAAAGUAUGUACAAUUAGGUCAAAGAGUUGUGCAAUUGUUUCUGCUUAAUUUUUGAAAUUGAGGGUCGUAAAUAUUUGGGGACAUCAGAUCUAAUAGAACAUAGUGACACUAUUUGAUUUAACCAAAGUCUUUAGCAAAUAUUUCAACUUUGAAUGUAAACUAAGUGAAUAAACCUGACCACCAAGGAGAUUGUUUGCCCAGAGUUUCAAAGCACAUUGUCUACAAAUGGAAAAUGAAAUUUAUUUAUAAAAAAAAUUGACAUUGCUAUGUUUUUUAAAAAGUUCUUAAUUUUUUCACUAAAGGAGGAAACUUAUUAAUGUUAUUGUUAAAUACGGUAGAUAUUAAAAUUCCUCUUAGAUGACCAGUGAUUCCAGUUGUCUCAGUUUGAAACAAAUCCCCUGUAAGUAUGAGAUUAAUUAGUGACAAUCAGAACAAGUUUUAGUAUCAGAUGUGCAAGAGGAAGUUGCUAUUGUUGCAUUUGAUUUUAAUAUUUGUACAUAAACUGAUUUUUUUGAACAUUAUUUUGUAUUGGUUGUACUUUAAUACCUUGUGUACAGCUCCAGAAAUAAAAAUCUGGAAAUCUU